AUUUCAUAAAGCGAAGAAUUCCUCCAAAUAAAUUUGAUUUUGACUAUUUACAAGCCAAAAAAUUAUGUAGUGAUUUAGAUGACUAUAUUAUAGCUAAACAAAAGGCAAAAGCAUCUGAAGACACAUCAAAUAUUUCAUCUUCAAAUGAAACUUCUAAAGAAAGACUCACACGGUUCCAAAAAACUAAAAAAAAAAGUCAUGAAAAAUGAUUUAAAAAAAAUUGAAAAACUUAAGUGGAACACUAACUCUUUAGAUAGCCCAGCUUCAUCUAUCGACGAAGAAGAUGAUUCAGACAAAGAUACAAACUAUUCUAACACAAUUAUUCACGAGGAAAAUAUUGUACUUGAAACACCACCUUCUAAGCAAAAAUUAAUUCUUAAUGAUCUUCAAAAAACUUUUCCUGGUACAUCAUUGUUCAAAAGAAGACUAAAUUUUGAUACAAACAAAUGCAAAUCUCUGAGCCCAAAAUCUAAAAUGUGUAAUGUAAUCAAUUUUAACGAAGUUGAGAAGAUCGUAACAACUUCAUCAUCGCCAUUCAAAGUGACAGACAUUAAUCUAUCAUCUAAUUCUACUCCGCAUUCUAAUAAUGAUAUUUUAACAAAAAUCAAUAGAACAACAUUAAAUACUUGGUAUGAAAUAAAAGCUUUAGUAGAAAGGAUUGAAAGUCUCGAGAAUUCACUUUUAAACAAAGGUUCCAAAGAAGUAAUGAAUGAUGAUUCAGAUAAUAAUUUCAUCUUUGCACUACCACUAUCAAAUGAAGACGAAUUGGAAAUUUUUGAAGAAAAACUUUUAGAUACUGUAUUUAAAAAAAAAUUGAUUUCAGAAUUAUCUCGUUUGGUGCGUGGAACUCUACCAAGCACGGUGCGUGCAAUCAUGCGAUACAUGUUUAAAGAUAUAUUAUUGGAACAAUAUAGUUUUAAAGGUCAGAAAAAAAAGAAAGUAUUUCAUACUUUAAAAAGUUGUUCAGUUAUUUUUGAUUCUAUAAAAAAAAUUAACAAAUUUCAAAAUUUUAAUUCAAUUGAUGUGGAGCAGCCAAUCAAAAUAUUUAUUGCUGGUGCCAAAUUCAGAAAUAAGCCAGAAUCUUCUGAAUUUUAACUAUACA